AUGGCUGCAGUGUUCUGGGUAUUGGCUUUAGCCAGCCUCAGUUACCCGCUAGCCACAACCAAUGCCCAAGCACCAUCAGGUUCAUCACCCUCCAACUUGCCAACUUCAACCCCUAUAGCACCCUCUACAUUGCCAACCACAACCCCAGCUACACCCUCAACAUUGCCAAUCACAACCCCAAACGCUCCCUCUACAUUGCCAACAACUCCAACUGCACCCUCAGCAUUGCCAACCACAACCCCAAAUGCCCCCUCUCCAUUGCCAACCACAACUCCAACUGCACCCUCAGCAUUGCCAACCACAACCCCAAAUGCCCCCUCUCCAUUGCCAACCACAACUCCAACUGCACCCUCAGCAUUGCCAACCACAACCCCAAAUGCCCCCUCUCCAUUGCCAACCACAACUCCAACUGCACCCUCAGCAUUGCCAACCACAACCCCAAAUGCCCCCUCUCCAUUGCCAACCACAACUCCAACUGCACCCUCAGCAUUGCCAACCACAACCCCAAAUGCCCCCUCUCCAUUGCCAACCACAACUCCAAAUGCACCCUCAACAUUGCCAGCAGCAACUUCCCCCUCUUCUGGUACACCAUCAGUAGCCAAACAACCACCUGUUGUGGCUGCAACUCCUUCCACACCAGUAGCAACUUCUCCCACUUCUACUAACAAGCCACCACCAACAACCACAGCUGCACCCUCCAAAUUGCCAACUGUUGCUUCCCCCACUUCUUCCACACCAUCAGCAGCCACAAAACCACCCAUUGUUACAACAUCCCCUAUUUCCUCAAGGAAACCACCAGUAGCAACCUCCCCCACUUCAAGCAAACCACCACCAACCACUCAGGCUCCUGUGAAAUCACCAGUUCCAAAAGUUGCAUCUCCAACAUCAUCUGCUCCAGUGAAAUCACCAAUUCCAAAAGUUGCAUCUCCAACAUCAUCUGCUCCCGUUAAAUCACCAGUUCCUAAAGUUGCAUCUCCAACAUCAUCCGCUCCUGUUAAAUCACCAGUUCCUAAAGUUGCAUCUCCAACAUCAUCCGCUCCUGUUAAAUCACCAGUUCCUAAAGUUGCAUCUCCAACAUCAUCUGCUCCUGUGAAAUCACCAGUUCCCAAGGUUACAUCUCCAACAUCUGCUCCCGUGAAAUUACCUGAUCCUAAGCCUUUACCACCAUCAUCUGCUCCAGUUAAAUCACCAAUUCCCAAAGUUUUACCUCCAACUUCUACUCCAGCGGAAUCACCGAUUCCCAAAAUUACACCUCCAAAAAUUGCUCCUGUGAAACCACCUGUUCCCAAGGUCACACCAGCAUUAAGUCCAAAACCCCCAUCUCCCAAAAUCCCACCACCACAACCUCCCAAAAAAGCACCUAUCCCACAACCACCAGUUGUUUCACCCCCACCAUUGCUCUUACCACCUGCUGAUUCACCACUAUUGCCUCCUCCAAAAGUAUCCCCAACCCCAGCCAAAGCACCAACAGCCCCAGCACCAGCCAAAGAAACACCAGCACCAGCACCUGCACACAAAAAGAAAGCACCAAAAUCAUCACCUGUUCCUUCACCACUAAGUAACACGCCAACACCUGCACCAACACCUGCAUCAGAGACGCCAACACCAGCACCAGCACCUGAAGAUGACACACCAGAACCACCACCCCACAGGCACAGGAAAAGAAGGCACAAGCAUAAGCACAAGAGACACCACACAGUAUCUCUGGCUCCAGCACCAACUAUUAUUCGGAGGAGUCCCCCAGCACCACUUGCGGACGAUAUUACUACAACCGAAUCAGAAGAGACACCAACACCAGCACCAAGCCCCAAUGCGAAUGGUGCAGAAUCAUACAGUAGGCAAGGGAAUAUAUGGUCAAGCAUUGGACUCGCUAUUGCCAUUUUGUUAUCUGUCAUCACCUGAAACUUGCAACAGCUACUAUAGAAGUCUCAAAAAUGAUGACUACGGAUUCACUUUAAAAACGGUGGUUUGGUUUGCAAAAUAUACUAAGUCAUUCAAAUGUAUGAAACUGAAUAACGAAAAAUUAUAUCUGUAUCUUUUUAUUUUUUA